CCGUCUCAUUUCGCUCAGCAGCUGCGGCGCGGCGGCUUGGGUACGAGAUGCUGUGACGUUAAUAUCAAAUCGACAGAAAAUGACACGGAAUUCAAUACGUUUUUUAUUUCAUAUCGUGCGUUCUGGAUCUUGAGCUCAGUUUACCCCCCAAAAAAACCUGCCUAUACACCAUCUGGUUAUAUAGUUGCUAUUGAUGCUUUAAGAUCAGCAUUUAGGCUGAAAUCGUGUUUGUAUUGUAUUGUUUCUGACUUGCAUUUCUGAAGCAGAAAAACAAAACAAGCAAAAAAGGCUAUUUUUUUGGGGGGGUCAUUCACCUGAUCAACGAGCUUUGCAGUUCAGACCGAGUGAAGGCGAAGAAAAGAGAAUGCUAAAGGAUGAGUCAGAGGGACACACUGGUUCAUCUGUUUGCUGGAGGCUGCGGGGGCACAGUUGGCGCUAUCUUGACGUGUCCGCUAGAGGUUGUAAAGACAAGGCUGCAGUCUUCCUCUGUCACUCUCUACAUUUCUGAAGUACAACUAAGCUCCGUGAACGGGGCUAGCGUCGCCCGGAUGUCUCCACCUGGACCCCUGCAUUGCAUUAAGUUGAUUUUAGAGAGAGAAGGACCUCGUUCUCUCUUUCGUGGCCUCGGUCCUAACCUGGUGGGAGUGGCUCCGUCCAGAGCGAUCUAUUUUGCGGCCUACUCGACGGCCAAAGAGAAGCUAAAUGGUGUACUUGAGCCUGACUCAACACAGGUGCACAUGGUCUCUGCCGGUCUCGCAGGGUUCACAGCGAUCACAGCCACCAAUCCUAUCUGGCUCAUAAAGACUCGCCUACAGUUGGAUGCCAGGAACCGCGGAGAGAGGCGCAUGAGCGCAUUUGAGUGCGUGAGGCGCGUGUAUAAAGCUGACGGGCUUCGUGGCUUUUACCGUGGCAUGUCCGCCUCCUAUGCGGGCAUCUCUGAGACAGUCAUUCAUUUCGUUAUCUACGAGAGCAUCAAACGUAAGCUCCUCGAGUCCAAGGCAAGCGCCAACAUGGAUGACGAAGACGAAUCUGUCAAGGACGCCUCCGACUUCGUUGGCAUGAUGCUGGCCGCUGCCACCUCCAAAACCUGCGCCACGUCCAUCGCGUAUCCUCACGAGGUGAUCCGUACCCGGUUGCGAGAAGAGGGCAGUAAGUACCGCUCGUUCUUCCAGACUUUGAGCAUGGUGGUUAGAGAAGAAGGAUACAGAGCACUGUACCGAGGCCUCACCACCCACCUCGUCCGUCAGAUACCCAACACGGCCAUCAUGAUGUGCACCUACGAGCUGGUUGUCUACCUGCUCAACGGCUAAAACCGGGGAGGAAGAGAAGAAGAGGAGGAGGUCAAGAGAAAGAAGAGAGCGAUGGAGAGGAAGAGACCAAAGGAAGCAGAACAAGAAAAAAAGAGUGAGAGUUAGGACAAGGAGCUUAAUGGGCCAGGCCUCAAGGAGGUGCUGUUGUCACAUGGCAGGAAUUAGUGCUGGUUUUGAAGCAACAAAAAUGUAAGCUUGCUUCAAACCAAGCCAAAAGAGAGAUGAGGAAAGGAAGGAAAGGAAAGAAGGUUGGCAUGUUUCUCUUCUGAAUCUGUAAUGUGAAGCAGUCCUUAGAGGACUGUCAAGAGGGCAGUGCUUGAAAAACAAAAUAAGUCAACUGAAUUCAUUUACGAUGAGAGUUUAUUUGGUUCUUUUUUUUUCCCAUGAGUUUUUUCUGAAAUUCUGAAUGCUUCUUUAGGAAGCUUUUUUUUUUUUUAAAUCAGUGUUCCUGGAAGCCAGUAACAAAACCAGUUGCAGGUUUUGCCAGCAAUAUUGUGAUAUUGUUUAAAAAAAAAAAUGUAUGAAAAAAUUGGGGCAAAAAUGCAAAAAAAGGUUUUCAAUCAUUUCCCUCUAGAGGUCAGGGUUUCCACACUGAUGACAGCUCCCUACGCACACGUGACCGCUUGGCGUUUCACUCGCGUGCUGACACCAGGCGGUCAGAUCUGUGAUCAUUUCGCGUACUUCAAACUGAAGUGUUGUCUGUUCUGUUUGGAUUUUUUUAAACAUCUUUCUUGUCUGAGUGUUUAUAUUGACCUGUCUUGAAAAAAAAAAUCAUGAGUUUUAGAGGAGACACUGGCCUGGACUGGAAAAUGGCGCUACUUGAAUUAAAAAAAAAUAAUAAUAAAAAAUCUCAGUAUUUUAAUCCAGGAACACACAACAUCAAGGAAUUAUCUAUUGUCCCGUUUGCUAGCUCUUUCCUGUGGAAUCAACAAAUCAUCAGAAAUUUGUUUCGCCCUUCUGCUUCCGCACCCAGACAGUGGCUUUUCUGACCGUAUAUACCUAUAUAUGCACUUUGUAGCAUUUCCAAGCUACACAAUCCUUGUUUUUUCUGUGUUGGACAGUUUACUAUAGUACUAUAAGACAUAGUAUUUACUGUAUAAGCAAGACAGUGUUUUGCGCCCAGUUCCUUUCGGAGGCUGUUGUACAGAUCAGUUUAGUAAACUUCUAGUGAAGGAUCUCUGUGUUUGUGUAUAUAGUAUGUACGUAUGUAUGUAUGUAUGUAUGCACAUUUAGAUAUUUAGUGUUCCCAUGAUUAUGUAGUAACAUGAAUGAAUGAAUGAAUGUUCGGGGUUCGUUUCAGAUCUUGCUCCAACAUCAAGGACGCGUCAAUAUCAAUUUCGAUAACGAUACGAUUCUCGUUUCCGCAUUUAAUAAGAAAUAACUAAUGACCAAAUUGACAUAUUCCCUACUUAAUUAUUCCCAUCAAUGCUAAGUAAAAAUAUCAAGAGAAGUGACUGAAGUGUUGUCCGGUAUUGAAUAAAAACUCGCUCGCUUGUUCCUUGCAAAAAAAAAAAGUGAAACAUUUUGCGUAUAAAUACUAUGGAUGCAUCCCUUGUUGUUACAUAUUAACAAUAUUACAUAUUGUUACAAUUUCUUAUUCCUCGCAUCUGUGAACAAUUUGACGAUUUGUUUCCGUUUCGUCAAUUACCGGAUUACAAAAGAGUUCGGUGUUUUAAUCCUAAAAACACACCGUGCUUACAUUCUUUAUUCCUUAUCAUGAAGUUCUGAAUAAGCACUGUUAAUCACCAUCUUCUAGAUGAUUCUAGAUUUAAAAAAUUUAACUUUUUAUUUGUCUUUAGUAUUAAUGAACCAUACGAGUUGGUAUAACAUCUCUCUGAACAGCCUUUGCUACAAACCAGGCUUUGGUGUAUUAUAUUAUUUGGUUUAAUCCCGGAUGACAAUCAUAUGACGCGUCUUUGACGUUACAUCACAAAACGUCAUGUGGAAUUCAAAAAUCGUGUAUGUUUUAAUCGACAAUUUUAAUUAAACAAAAUUCAAAAGUAAGACCUUAAAAGUACAUCACGAAUUUGAAUUAUUUAUUCAUUAAUAGCCCAGUACUAUAAUAUAAAAUAAGUAAAAUUCUAAUCAUUAGUGUUUAUGCGGUAUUCGUUGAAAUAAAAAAUUUUAAUGCAAAAUGUUGACCUUCCAAGCAAAAUUGAAAACGUAGAAAAUCGUUAAAAAAAAAAAAAAAAUUUUAAAACGGAUUCAGAAGUUUUGCAUUCGGAUGUUAUGUAAUGUAUUUUUCUUUUUUUUUCCGUUUGUUUGUUUGUUUUCCCCCACAAUCCCCUGCACUGGGACAACACUAACAAAUGAAUUGGUCGCAUAUCAGCUUUUGAUGUUGUGUUUUCUUUUGUUUUUUUGUUUUUGUUUUUUUUUUCUUGUGCGUGUGGGGAAAAAAUGUGACUUUUGCUGUAAUAUCAUACCUCCUUAUUUUGUACAAAAACGAGUAAAUAAAAAGCACAUAAAUGAA